CCUCUCGCCUCGGCCGUCGUCCCAAACGCCUGAAGGAAGUGAGCGGCGAACAGACCCGGACACACACCACCAACCUCCCUAUCGCACCGUACCCCUCUCCACAGGAACUCUACCGACUCAGAAUGGCUGAACUUCAGAAGUUGCUGCAAGCCAACGGAACUUUCAAAUCGGAACUGAUGCAGGCCUUCCUGUCGGCGGCCCAGCAAAGUUUCCGCGAGCACUCCAAGUCUGGUGGCGGCUCCUCCUCCUCCCACUCCUCCCACCACCACAACGUGUCCGCCCCGAGCUCGUCCAUCACCAGCGGCGGUGGUGGCGGCAUCACGGCGCCCGUGUCCACCCCGUCCCUACCCCAGGAUGUGAACCUCAACCCUGACCCCUCCAUGCUGGGCUCUAAGAGCUUCGGCAUGGGCCUUGACCUGCCCAAUGUGGGCAGCCCGUCCUCCAUGCAGGCCCCCUCGCCCUUCCCCGACCUGAGCAUGGCCGACUUCUCGCCCCUGACGCCGGGCGGCACCAACCUGAACACCAGCGACAUCUUCGACAACAAGAUGUUCAUUGGCCAGGGAGCCAACAUGAACGGAAACACAGUGUUUUCCCCCAGCACGCAGCCCCUCAAUGACAACAUGCCUUCACCGCUGAACAUGCCUCCGCUGGACAACCUUGACCCCUGCUCCCCGUCGACCUUCAUGGCCUUCAACACAAACCAGAUGGCCUCCCCCGACUCGUCGUCGUCAGCCAAUAAGGAGCCGGCCGUCAACAACAACCUCAACAACAACGCCGGCACCAGCACCAGCAUGUAUGGGCUGGGAGGGGCUGCACCGGACAACAUGAGCCGCCUCAAUAUCAACACAAAUUUGAUGUCGCCCAUGUCACCCCUCUUGUCGCCCACCGCCAUCAAGCAAGAGGUGGACUCCAACAUCGCCAACGCCAACAUCCUGAUCAAGGAAGAGCCGAUCGAGGAAGGCCUGGAGCUGAUCAACACACCUGAGAACAUGGCCGAGGUCAAACGCAUCAUGGGAGAGGUUCGCGAACCUCCCUCCACUGACCGGCUGCUCCUCAUCGACCAAGUGACCGACGCGAUCAUCGACGCCCACAUGGCCACCACGGUCGGCACCAGGGCCAAGGUCAAUGAAGCCUUCGACAGAAUUUCUACCGAUAAAGGCUGCCCGGACAUGCCCGACAUCUCGUCCCUGACGGUGAGCGUGUCGUUGAUAUGGCAGAAGUUCCUCUCCUCCAUGGUGCCUGAGAUCUCCAAGGUGGUCAAGUUUGGCAAGAAGUUGCCAGGAUUUGUGGAGGUGGGCCAAGAGGACCAGAUCCGCCUGAUCAAACAAGGCAGCUUCGAGGUCAUGCUGGUCCGGCACUCCAUCCUCGUGGACCCCAUUAAUGAGACCAUGCUGGACCCAUCCUUGUCGGUCGCUUCGCCCAGACAAGUGAUCAAAUCUCUGCCCAUGGGACAGUUCUUGGACGAGUUUUUCAUGAUUGCCCGACACAUCCACCCGCUGAAUUUGAGCGACGGAGAAUUGGCAAUGCUGGGAGCCAUCCUCCUCAUCUGCCCAGGUCGCAACAACCUGACCAAUGUGCUUGCCAUCCGCACCAUCCAGCAGUUGUACCAGCAGGCACUGUUCCGCUUGAUGAAGCACACACACAAAGACUACGAGGAGAGGUUCCAGAACCUUAUGAGCCUGGUCCCGCUGUUCCAGAAAGUGAACAGCGACCACUCCAAGUUCCUCAACAGCAUCAAGAUGAAGUCGCCCGCAGAGUUCGACCAGCAGUUCCCAGCCCUGCAUAAAGAAGUUUUUCAAGAUUGUUAAGUGAUAACUGAUUCUGUAACAAGUGUAGUAUUUCAUGGUGUAUGGAGGUACUCUGGCCUUAAGUCAUUCAUAUCCUCUUCCCAAUAUCCCUGUCCAAAACGAAAAAAAUGGAGAACCAAUGGGUUGGGGCGUGGAUGAAACAAACGCGAAGGUUGACCAGUGCGAGCUGUCUGUCGAAGGACAGAGACUGUACCUUGCAUGGGCGUGUCGUGGGGACAAAGUUAGCCAUUCCACUAACAACUGCCAGGUGUGUGGGUCGUCACACGUCGGAGUGUGUGCGUCGAUACCCAACUGUGUGUUGGUCACCGCAUGUCUGUGAGUGUUUGUCACUGCGCGUCAGUGUGUGUGGGUCGUCACAUCAUGUCUGUGUGAGCUCCUCACUGACUGCUGCUGUCACUCACAAGUGAUGCUCGGUGUGAAUGGCGCCGCCGGGAUGCUGCUUCGAUGAAAGCGGUUCAAAAUUCUGCCCGGCUGUGUGGUGAAAAUGUCUGUCCACAUGAUGCGAGUUUGCCGUUGAUCAGACGCUGCGCCCUGUCUGGGUAUUGUCGGAACGGCUCCGACACAUAUGUGUCACGGGCACGCAGGCUCUGAAGGGUUAAUGCGCUGAAAAGACGAAUGAAAAGUUCCUCACUGCACUGUUGUUGAGCGUUUCGGCACAGCUUUCCGCAGCUGAGGCGAGUGGUUCUGAGUGAGUGCUCAUGUGCACUUCAUGACUCAAAAAUCAGGAUGCAACCCAGCUCCUGAAGUUUUGAGGGAGCCGCGUCUCCUCGCUCAUGGCAGACAUAUGCCGCAGACCAUCAAUGGCUGCCAGUGAAAAGACUCGUUACCCGGUCUCUUCCUGAGGUUCCACGGCCCCUCAUUUGCCAGGCGGGAAAGCACAACUAAAGGGCGAGAUGACUGUAUGAAGUGUAUGACAGUUGUGUCUGUCCUGUUGCCCUGAUGGGAAACGUUGGGCCGAGGGAUCUCGAAAAGACCGAUGACGAGAUGUGUUGCCAUUGUCUGCCAAAGUACUCUGUCAGCUUGAGUUUGAACACUGCGUCGUGUACCGCCUGCCUGUCUGUGCAUGUGAGAGGUCAUGGUGAAAGUCUCUGAGGUCAUGAUGAAAGUCCUGUGUUGUGCCUGGCUCGUUCUUUCACAAAACUCACUGUGGUUUCUGUACAUCCUUGUACGUGAUGUGUGUCAGAGAUGCGUACAUGUUGUGUGAACGCAGACAGCUAGCUAGCUAGCUGCUCGCGGCAGAUUGUGAAGGCGAGGCGAGGUCGGUCGGACUGUGGAACUCUGAGAACCUGACACGAGUGCGUCGCUGUUGGGUUUUGUUGUUAUCAUGUUAAAAGAAAGAUAAUAAAUAAUAUUAUUAUGUGCACUGAUUUUGUAAUGCUGAAAAAAACACGUUUUGAUGCUUUUGAGAUGUACA